AUGGCAGAAAAAAGAAAAGAAACUGAUAUUGGUACUAGACAACUUAUUUUAAAAUUGCACUUGAAAGGUAAUUCCUUGAGCGAAAUUGAUGGUAUUGUUGGGCGAACACAUUCAACGGUCCAAAAAAUUAUUGAUAAAUAUCGUUUUGAAGGAACGAUCCAUAACAAAGCUGAAAGGGGACGAAAAAAGACUCAACAAGACGAAAGAGUAAUUUUGAGAAAAAUCAAAGAAGACUCCAAAACAAGUGUACCACAGCUGACGUCGGAAAUGGCAACACGUAUCCAGAAACCAGUUUCAACCGAAACUGUUCGACGCGUCCUUCGGAAGAAUGAUGUUAAUGGCAGAGUAGCUAGGAAAAAACCUCUUAUUUCGAAAAGGCGAAAGCGUCUUGACUCUUGA